GAUGAGAGGUUUCUCCAGGAAGCUAGGUUCUUGCGAACCUGGCAGUUGUCAGCCUUCUCGCAGAGAAUCUGACAUCAUCCGACGGCUGCCAAGUUAACGGGCGAGCCACAGCCCGUUAAGAGAGGGGGUCCAGGCAGCGCAAGAUUGAUUACCCUUCCGGGAGCUGCUAGACCUGGGGGAUGUUGCCAGAGAUUUGUGUGUUCUUCCUGUAGCAAGAGGGAGAAGGAGAGGGAGAGGGGGAGAGGGGGAAUGGAUCCUUUCAAUCCGUUCCAGGAAGAGGUGGGCGGAGGGGGGGCCAUCCAGAGCACGUUUGCGGACAUGGCGCUGCAGCACAAGCUCACCUUGCUCGUCGACAACUCGUCCCUCUGCUCCUGGACGUAUGCAAUCUUCUGGCAGCUCUCCAGCGCCGACGGCCAGAUGAUUCUGGGCUGGGAAGACGGCUACUUCUCCACCACCAACGAGAAGAGUACCCAGCGGAACGAGGCCAAGCAGUUCGAUGCCGACCAAAUUCUCAGGCGCAAGGUCCGCCUUGUGCGAGCUCCACGACCUGUGCCAUCCCGAGGAGGAUUAUCGAGAGGUGGACCAUGUCACCGACCAGGAGUCGUUCUAUCUCCUCUCCAAGUCGUGGAAUUUCGCCUGCGGUGAAGGCAUUCCAGGGCGGGCGUUCCAGUUUGGGCAGCACAUAUGGAUUUGCGACACUGUCAAGCCCAUUAACUUUCACUGUGCGCGACUGGAGCUUGCCAAGAGCGCAGGAAUUCAGACAAUCGUCUGUGUUCCCACCCGAAACGGAGUUGUGGAGCUGGGAUCCACCGAAAUCGUGAACGAGUGCUCGCGGACACUCCAAGACAUAAGGAGAUACUUUGAGGAGGAGCAGCAGCAGCAGCAAUCACAGCAGCAACCGCGGCUACCGCAACUUCUUUCCCACCUUUGAAGUUUCUAUUCAUUGCUCUUGAACCCGCAGGAUUCCUCGUUGCUAUCCGGUCCUAUAUCCAGCACCAGGAAGUUUCCAGCUUGUGCCCCUGGGGAUUUCUUGCCUCCUCUGAAAGAAAAGUCUCCUGGGUCAUAUGUCCUCUCAACAUCUCCCAAUCAAAACGCCGUAUGCAUUCCAAUAGAGAUCAUAUUUCCUCGAGGCCUUGACAACCCUUGUCACUUGCUCGACAAGCUCAACAUCGCUAGCAUUGUGUUUUGGCAUGAUCUCAUGGAUGAAGGACGAGCACACGCUGCUUAGAACAGAGAUUGUGCAUGCUCCUCACCUCCACCCUGAUGGGAUUGGUUUGCAACAGAAACGUACUAAUUUUUCUUC